GUUGGAUUAAACACACGGAGCCGACGUCCUCAUCGCGCGGGUCUGUCAAAAAUAUCUGCAUCAUAAAUUUAUUCGGCUGACACUUCACCGACUACUUGUAAUGAUUAUGUAGCUUUCGGUUGAUAGCCGGAUAAAAUUUUUCAAAUGAAGAAAACCGUUGUGUAAUAUACCGCACUCCUGCCGUUAGCGGAUAUUCAAGCAUUACGUGACAGUCCAUAAAUUGGAUUAGCGCUAAGUAAAGCCACCGGUGAAUGAUAGUUUAGCAAACUUGCUAGCUAGCUAAACGGACUGUUGGGAGUGAAGAUAGGUAUGGACUUCUCUGAUUUUGACAAACUGGUGGAAUUAGCAUUUGUGUGUUAAUCCGCGUUAGAUGUCCAGCCAAUUCAAGACAAAUCGGUAAUUUUAUAGAUAAUUCUGCGUGCGUCGACCAUCACCAUUUUAAGGUGUGUGCUAUCGUUACAGACAGUUCAUACGAGUGAAACGUUCUUGACAGCUACCAGCUCGUGAAGAAGGCCUAAGUUUAACAAAAUGGAUAGUUAUAGUCAGCGGUUUGAAUCCGGACGGGACAGUAAAUCUCAAAAGAAAAAGGGUUCUUCCCACCAUAGCACGUCAUGUUACGAUGAAGGAGACCGCAAACCAAAGUUUCACUUACCCUUUAGAAACAUCACAGAUGAUGUGCUGGACAGAUUUGCCAGUAUUCGGAUUCCGGGUAGCAAGAGGGAGCGUCCACCCUUAUCACACUCUAAGCACAAUACCAAUGAUUGGUCUAUUUCUUCAUCGUCCAACUCACAUCAGUUUGAGGAACUGUCAUCAAAAAUCACCUCAGAAAAAGAGAUCUUGGCUCUGUUUGAAAAGAUGAUGGAGGACAUGAACUUGAAUGAGGAGAAAAAGACUCCGUUGAGAGAAAAGGACCUCAACACAAAGAGAGAAAUGGUCAUCCAGUAUAUUUUUACUGCCUCUAAAACUGGAACCUUGAGAAGCAACCAUCAGAUAUCUCCCCAGGAAUUUUUGGGAGAGCUGAAGUCAGGGGUGAUGGACGAACGCUUGUUUGCCUGUCUAGACUCACUGCGUGUGUCCCUUACCAGCAAUCCUGUCAGUUGGGUGCAGAGUUUCGGGCAUGAAGGUCUUGGACUGCUGCUGGACAUUUUAGAGAGGUUGCUAUUCAAAAAGCAGCAAGAGAAGAUUGACAAAAAGAACCAACAUAAAGUUGUCCAGUGUCUCAAAGCCUUCAUGAACAAUAAGUAUGGCUUGGAUCGAAUCCUGGGGGAGGAGAAAAGUCUUGCUUUACUGGCAAGAGCCAUUGAUCCCACCCAGUCUGCCAUGAUGACUGAUGUGGUAAAGCUGCUGUCAGCCAUCUGCAUUGUGGGCGAAGAGAACACUUUGGAGAAAGUCCUUGAAGCCAUCACCACAGCAGGGGAAUGGCGAGCCAUCGAGAGGUUCAGUCCCAUUGUGCAAGGACUACGUGAUCGCUCGGUUCAAUUACAAGUGGCAUGCAUGCAGCUCAUCAAUGCACUAGUAACAUCUCCUGAUGAGCUGGACUUCAGGCUGCACAUCCGGAAUGAAUUUAUGCGCUGUGGCCUGAAAGAGAUAUUGCCGCAACUGACAAACAUCAGGAAUGAGGCCCUUGACAUUCAGCUUAAGGUAUUUGUGGAGCACAAAGAGGAGGACAUGAUAGAGUUCUCCCAUAGGCUGGAAGACAUCAAGAACGAGCUGGAUGAUGCGGGGGAUGUAUUUAGUAUUGUGCAGAGCAUGGUGAAGGACAGCAGUGCAGAGCCCCAUUUCCUCUCUAUACUGCAGCACCUGAUGCUUAUACGCAAUGACUACUUGGUCAGGCCCCAAUACUUUAAGAUCAUUGAGGAGUGUGUGUCUCAGAUUGUGCUCCACCGUAGUGGCACUGACCCAGACUUCAGUUACCGCAAGCGCUUAGAUGUGGACUUCAGCCACCUCUUAGAGGUGUGUGUGGAUAAAGCUCGAACUGAUGAGUAUGAACAAAGAGCUUCAGAACUGGCACAGAAGGUUGAUGAAGAGUUUGUAAGCAGACAGGAGGCACAAGCUCAGCUGGUUAAGUGUGAAGAAAAAAUAGCUGAACUCCAAGCAGAGUUGCAGGCGUUCAGGUCCCAGUUUGGAUCUGUAUCGGCGAGUCAGUCCUCUACCCAUGAUAGACAGGUGUUAUCUUCCUCACCAUUCCUGUCUGGGACGCCACCCUCUGCUCCAGCACCUGGGUUGCCGGCUCCCCCUCCUCCCCCUCCUCCGCCUCCCUUACCUGGCUGUCCCGCCCCACCUCCUCCACCUGGAGUGCCUCCUCCAUUUGGUGCCCCUCCACCGCCCCCUCUAGGGUUUGGGGUUGCUCUAGGCUCCCCUACCCACCAUGUGCUGCCUUAUGGCCUCAGGCCUAAGAAGGAAUUCAAGCCUGAGACCUCCAUGAAGCGCCUUAACUGGUCCAAGAUUCGUCCCCAGGAAAUGUCCGAGGGCUGUUUCUGGGUGCUGGCUGAUGAGGACCAAUAUGCAAAACCAGAAUUACUGAGCAGAGUUGCUGUCACAUUUGGUUCACAAAGAACAGAAACCAAAGCCAAAAAACAAGAGGAGGAUCUGGAAGAUAAGAAAUGCAUAAAGAAGAGAAUUAAAGAGCUCAAGGUGCUUGAUCCCAAGAUUGCACAGAAUCUAUCCAUCUUCCUCGGUUCCUUCCGUAUGCCUUAUCAGGAAAUACGUCGCAUGAUAGUGGAGGUGGAUGAAGCGCAACUCACUGAACCUAUGAUCCAGAACCUUGUAAAGCACCUUCCAGAGCAGGAGCAGCUGAAUGCCUUGGCAAAGUAUAAAAAUGAGUAUGCAGAUUUGUCAGAGCCUGAGCAGUUUGGGGUUGUGAUGAGCACUGUGAAGCGGCUGCGUCCUCGCCUCAGCCAUAUCCUCUUCCGACUCCAAUUCGAGGAGCAGGUGAACAACCUGCGUCCAGAUAUCCUGGCUGUAAACGCCGCCUGUGAUGAGGUCAGGAAGAGCUGCUCCUUUGGCUGCUUGCUGGAGCUGGUGCUGCUGCUGGGGAAUUACAUGAAUGCAGGCUCUCGAAACGCCCAGUCUUAUGGCUUCGACCUCAGUUCCCUCUGCAAGCUAAAGGACACAAAGUCAGCGGACCAAAAGACCACAUUACUCCACUUCCUGGCGCAAGUAUGUGAGGAGGAUUUUCCAGACGUGAUCAAGUUUGCUGAAGACCUAGAGCAUGUAGACCGAGCUAGCAGAGUGUCUGCAGAGAAUCUGGAAAAGAGCCUCAGGCAGAUGGAGAGGCAGCUGCUGCAGCUGGAGAGAGACCUGGAGACUUUCUCCUCUCCUGAUGACCCCAACGACAUGUUCUUCACUAAAAUGGCUAGCUUCAGCAAGGUUGCUCGGGAGCAGUAUGGCAAGCUAGUGAUCAUGCACAGCAAUAUGGAGACGCUGUAUCAGAACGUGCUGGAGUACUUUGCAGUUGAUCCCAAGAAGACGUCUGUGGAGGAGCUGUUCACUGAUCUCAGCAACUUUCGUUCCAUGUUCACUCUAGCACUGAAGGAGAACCUGAAGCGGAGGGAGUCAGAGGAGAAACAGAGGCGAGCACGAGCGGCAAAGGAAAAAGCUGAGCGUGAAAAGCAGGAGAGACAGCAGAAAAAGAGGAGGUUGCUGGAAGUCAAUGCAGAGAAUGAUGAGACAGGUGUGAUGGAUAGUUUGCUGGAAGCCCUACAGUCAGGAGCUGCAUUCAGAGACCGCAGGAAGAGAGCGCCAAGACCCAGGGAUAACCAGCAGCAGACGAUCAGCCCCAGCUCCCUCCGCCAGGUUCUCAGGCCUGUUAACCAUGAAAACAACAAGGCACCUUUACAAAGGUCUCGCUCUCGACAGAAUAUAAAUGUGGGUUCAGCGGUGGUGAAAGCUUCCCCUGCCAAAGAGGCCCAUAACGAGUCUGAAGGCCAUCCAUCUGCAGCCAGGGCUAAGGCUGCGGUGUGUGCGGAGUCGGGCAGCAGGUACAGGAACACCCCGGGUCACAGAUACGGGCUGGACAGAGAGAGGGUGGUGGAGAGAGAGACGGUUAAACUGAGUGAAAAAGAGGUGGAGGUUGAAGCACAGCCUCCGGCCUUCCAGCCUUCCUCCACUGGUGCAGCAGUCAGCAGCUGCAGCACCAAUGGAGAGUCAGAUGUGGAGGCGCUCCUGGCCAAACUCAGGGCCUUAUGAGGUUCAUUACAGCCAGUUUGUACACACAUCUAAACAUGUUCUGAAUGUGACCCAAAAGAUUUCAACAAUUUUGUAAACAAGAAGAAAAUUUAGCUAUUAAUUGCCGUGGCAAAAAUACCACGGCAAUUGAAUUCCAAGUAUUUACAUUAACUAGGUUUUGGGGACUUUUUAAAAGCUUUAUGAAGUACAUUUGUAUAAAGCUACUAAUGCAUUUGAAGACCAUGUUUUAGCACUUGAUUGUGCAGAGAUAAUCCUUUUCUAGUAGAAAAUUCUGGCAGGUAGAGCACAGAAAGCUGGUCACACUUUGGCCCACGGAAUGUUCUCAGAGGUUCAUGAAAAAAGAGACUAUUUUAAUAAAGUUCUGAUUUGAUGGAACUACUAAAUGCUCAAAAUAAAACGAAAUAAAACAGUCAGAUAAUUCAGCAGUGUCUCUACCUGAUCCUGCAAAGUGCACUGCCAAAACUGUUUGGCUAUAAUUUAUAUAUUCCUUAACAAUGGAAAUAACUUAGCUUUUUCUCUGAAAGUAAGAGAUGCAUUGUUGCUAAGCACAUCCUUUGUAAUCCAGAAGUAUGCAAGAUGAAAUAAAAGGUAUAUCACAUUUU